AUGGAUGGGGAAGAAGUUUGGGAUGGAGAAGAAGAAGCAGAAGAAGUUAAGGAGGAUGGAGAAGAAGUUGGGGAAGGAGAAAAAGUUAAGAAUGAAGAACAAGUUAGGGAAGGAGAAGAAGUUAAGGAUGGAGAACAAGUUAGGGAAGGAGAAGAAGAAGUUAAAGAUGGAGAAGUAGUUUGGGAAGGGGAAGAAGUGAAGCAAGGACAAGAAGUUAAGGAAGAAGAAGAAGAAGUUUUGGAUGGAGAAGAAGUUAAGGGUAAAGAAGAAAGUAUGGAUGGGGAAGAAGUUUGGGAUGGAGAAGAAGUUCGGGAUGGAGGAGAAGUUUUGAAUGGAGGAGAAGAACCUAAGUAUGGAGAAGAAAUUAAGGAAGAAGAAGUUUAG